AACAGGUCAAAACCUUUCAGCUCGUGAGCUGAACUCACCUUAUAUGUUUCUUGCGUUUUGAUGGACCAAGUGCUUUUUCUAGCCAAAGAAAUUUUGAAUAAGAACGAUAAUUAAGAAAUAAGGCUACAUUAUGGUUAAAGAACAGUAUCGGGAAACUGAUGUUAUCAGGAAGAUAGCCAAAGUAAGCUUUGGAAUUGUGAACCCUCAGCAAAUACAACAGCAAGCCCAUAUGCAAGUUGUAGCACAAAGUUUGUACAAUUGUGAUUCUUCCCGAACACCUGUGCAAUAUGGAAUGCUCGAUAGGCCAAUGCCAAAAAAGGCAUCAUGUGAUAUUGUUCAACGUCUUCAAGGCAAACAGGGACGUUUUCGUGGAAAUCUUUCAGAAGAGUGGGUCGAUUUCUCGGGUAGAACGGUCAUUUCACCCGAUCCAAAUUUGCGGAUCGAUCAAGUGGGAGUUCCAGAAUUGGUUGCCAAAAUUUUGACUUUCCCUACUCGUGUGAACGAAGCAAACAUUGAGCUCAUGAGGAAGUUGGUAAAAAAUGGAGCAGACGUCUAUCCCGGCGCCAAUUAUCUUCAAGAGAAAGACUCAGAUGUCAAAACGUUCUUGAAAGAUGAAAACCGCGAUAGAAUAGCCCGCAAUCUGAAGUUAGGUGAUUUGAUUGAAAGGCAUAUGAUGGAUGAAGAUAUAGUUCUUUUCAAUCGCCAACCAUCUUUGCACAAGAUAUCUAUUAUGUGCCACAGGGCAAAGGUUUUACCCCAUCGUACUUUCCGCUUUAAUGAAUGCGUCUGUACGCCCUACAAUGCACAUUUUGAUGGAGAUGAAAUGAAACUCUAUUUUCCCCAAACAGAAGAAGCCCGAGCUGAAGCUUGGAUACUUAUGGGAAAUAAGUACAAUUUAGUGACACCACGCAAUGGCGAAUUGUUGAUAGCAGCAAUUCAGGAUUUCAUCACCGGGGCGUAUCUACUGACUUUAAAGGAUGCAUUCUUUGAUCGAGCCAAAACCUGUCAAAUGGUCGCAUCAAUGCUAACGGCUCAUGAGGUGAAUAUGGUCAUCAAGCUUCCUCCUCCUUGCAUUCAAAAACCGAUGGCUCUAUGGUCGGGAAAACAGAUCUUUAGCCUGAUUCUGCGCCCUAACCCAGGAGAUCCAAUUAAAGUCAAUUUGAAAACCAAAGGAAAGGAAUAUUCGACAAAAAAUGAGGAGUUGUGCACCAACGACGGAUUUCUUUUGGUUCGGAAUUCCGAGGUGCUAGCCGGUAGCGUCGAUAAAUCUACAAUUGGCUCCGGUUCAAAAAUGAACAUAUUUUACGUGUUACUACGUGACUACGGAGUGGAUUUCGCCAUCCAGGCUAUGUGGAAACUCGGUCGUGUAGCUUCUUAUUACAUGAUGAACCGAGGAUUUUCCAUCGGCAUUGGAGAUGUUACACCUGGCAAAACGUUGCUGAAAGAGAAGCAAGUACUUUUGGACAAUGGUUACGCGAAGUGCGACGAAUACGUUCGUCUUCUCACCAUAGGUCAACUGCCUUGCCUUCCUGGUUGCAAUAAAGAAGAGUCAUUAGAAUCAAAAAUAUUAAAAGAACUUUCUGGAAUUCGUGACCAGGCCGGAGAGGUUUGUAAAAAAGAGUUGCAUCCAAGCAAUAGCCCGUUAGUCAUGUCCAAAAGCGGGUCCAAAGGAUCCUUCAUUAAUAUAUCCCAAAUGAUUGCCUGUGUCGGCCAGCAAGCUUUGAAUGGCAAACGAGUUCCUAAUGGUUUCGAAGAUCGUAGUUUGCCACACUUUAAGCGGCAUUCCAAGAUCCCCGCUGCUAAAGGAUUUGUUUCAAACAGUUUCUAUUCGGGGUUGACGCCUACAGAAUUCUUUUUCCACGCAAUGGAUGGACAUGAGGGUCUAGUAGAUACUGCCGUAAAGACUGCCGAGACUGGGUACAUGCAACGACGACUUGUUGAGUUGUUGGAAGAUCUGUGUUGCCAAUACGAUUCGACCGUAAGAAAUUCUACCGGUGAGAUCAUACAGUUUGUUUAUGGAGGCGAUGGUUUGGACCCCACCUACAUGGAAGCCAAAGAUCGCCCUGUGGAUUUUCAAAGAGCUCUUGUUCACAUCAAAGCAGCGUCCCCUUAUGCCGAUGAAGAUCCGUUAGAUGACAUUGAAUUACAACAAGCUUUUGAUACUAUUAUGGAGAAGGAUGCCUUCAAAUCACUUGGGGUCGACUUCAAACAUGAACUUAGAAUUUUUGUGGAGGAUCAAGUCAGACGUAUCCGUAAGGUACGGGAGCGUUAUAAGAUGGAAGGUCGGCCACUAUUACCUGUAGAAAAACACUUGGAGCGCAUAACCGAUGGUCAACUACGAGAGUUCUGCGAAUUUUCCAAAGAGAAGUAUCAUGGUGCAAAAAUUGAGCCGGGCACCGCUGUCGGAGCCCUUUGCGCGCAGAGCAUUGGCGAACCGGGUACUCAAAUGACAUUAAAGACUUGUCACUUCGCUGGUGUGGCAUCCAUGAACAUCACACAGGGAGUUCCUAGGAUUAAGGAAAUCAUUAACGCCUCAAAGGCCAUUAGUACACCAGUUAUCUCCACCCAACUCCUAAUUGACAACGACCCAGAAUAUGCGCGACGAGUAAAAGGAAGGAUAGAAAAAACCAUUCUCGGAGAAGUGACGGAAUAUUUCGAAGAAGUAUAUCUGCCUGAUGACUGCUACAUGUUGAUUAAACUAGACGUGAACCGAAUCCGCUUGCUGAAACUUGAGGUGGAUGCAAAUUCUAUCCAGCGGAGCCUCUGUACGUGUAAGCUGGGAAUAAAACCAGCUUUCAUCAAAGUCAUCAGUGAAACAAUAGUCAUUGUUAAGCCCGCUCCAUCUGUAAAAUCGUCAAUGUAUCAUGUGAUGCAGUUCCUCAAGGAACAAUUGCCUAAGGUCGUUAUAAAGGGCUUACCAACUGUUAGCCGAGCUGUUAUCAACAUCGACGGUACAAGGAAACCGCCCAGGUAUUCUUUGCUUGUAGAGGGUGACAAUAUGCGCGAAGUGAUGGCGACCUACGGCGUUCAAGGAACAUCAACGACUUCUAACAAUAUCUUGGAAGUCUUUAGCACCCUAGGAAUUGAAGCUGCCAAGGCAACAAUUGCCAAAGAAAUUCAGUAUACUAUGGAAAGUCAUGGCAUGAGUGUCGAUCGCCGACAUGUUGCCUUGCUAUCCGAUCUAAUGAGUUGUCGUGGUGAAAUCUUGGGUAUCACCAGGGAUGGUUUGGGUAAAAUGAAGGAGUCCAUUUUGAUGUUGGCGUCGUUUAAGAGAGCUUCUGAUCAUUUAUUCGAUGCAUCUUAUUAUGGCCAAGAACACGAAAUCACUGGCGUAAGCGAGUGCAUCAUUAUGGGAAUACCAAUGUCGAUUGGAACAGGAGCUUUCAAGCUACUGCAUAAAACGGGGAAUACUGUUCCGCCAAAACGAAUGCCACUCAUUUUUGAUGUACCAGAAUAUCACUUACCAGAGUACGGGAGUCGCAUUUGAUUAAGCCACCAAUGUAACAGCUGGUAAUGAAAAUGUGUCCCUGUUGGUGUAUUUACGUUUCUUUUUUUUUUUUUUUUUUUUUUUUUUUUUUCUUUUUUCUCUUUUCUAAAUUGCGUCCUUAAAAUAUUUUAAA